UGACGAAGCUAAAAUAGUUACGGUCGGUGCAUGCUAUGGCGGAAUGGUGCUGGCAAGCUGGAUUCACACGACCCAAGCCGCGAAGUGUUCUCUGCACAGAGUGCAGAGAAUCGUGAAGAACUGGGAGCAGGUGAUGAUCAUCAGUGUUGCGCGAGGCGGAAGUCGUCGAAGGCGGGCAAGCACACGCUAACCCAGACCCACUGCUAAGAGCUUCGUCAUCACCAACAACACCCAGCCGCUAGCUCCACACUGCUGGGAAAAUAUUGAACACUGCGAUUUCUUGGAGCGUUCAAAAAACACUGUAGCAAUGUCUUUACCCAGAUCACUAGGAACGACACCGUACAUCUUCACGAAUAUCCGACCAUUACUUCGUGCCGAGAAGAGGGAUCUGAGGGCAUUAGCGGAAAUUAUGGUCAUCAAUACCCACUUUAGCCCCGAGGAAGGCAUGAAACUGAUCAUGUUCAUUCGCCACGUGACCGAUGCCGAAGUGUUCGAACGCAGCCUCUUCUAUCAAUUCCUGCAGGAUAUGUUCAAGAUCACCGAUGACAUCGUCACUGAUAAAGUGUUUCGUCACUUCGAUCAAAACCGAGACGGCCUCAUCGACCUGCAGGAGUUCGUCCGGGGCAUGUCGGUCUUUCUGCGAGGCGACGAGGAGGAACGCUCCAGGUGGGCAUUUGGCGUGUACGAUCUGAAUGAUGAUCAGACUAUCAGCCGGGAUGAACUCUUCACCCUUCUCAGAUGCAACAUGGCAAUGAUUGACGAAUACGAUUCGAACGAGAACAUUAAACAGACCAUGGAAUUGGUUGAGAUGACUCACAGAAAGCUGGACACGGACAAGGACGGCUUAAUUUCAAAAGAUGACUUCUGCGCGGCAGUGAGGAAAGACCCCCUUCUGCUGCAGUCGCUUGGCAAGUGCCUCGCCCGACUAGAGUGUGUGCUAGCAUUCAUGGGCGUACUCAACCAGUUCAACGUUGUAAUUGAGGACGCCAGCGGUGGCGCUGAAUCCGCGGCCAGCCGCAGUCAACAGCUCGUGGAGGCCGCAUGCAGUCUAGUCGGUGGGAAGUGACGAGGACUAUAGCACUCGUGGCAUGCGCAGUGACCACUUCAGAGUUUCUCAGCAUUUUUUCCAACAGCCCACCCGGCUGUAUCACACUCCAUGUUUGCCGGACACGUUUCCUGUCAGUAGCACUCUAGCUUCCAGAGUAAACCGUAACUGGUAAAGAUUUUGUUUCUUUGGUAUUGUUAUGUAAUAACUGCAUCUACCAUGCUCAUGACACAGUUGCGUCAAGUUCACAAACUCCUUAAAUGAUCUACAUGCAGUACCGCGGUGAGGUUCAUCCACCGUCCGUAGAGCGCUCAAUUUGCCGCAGGGCAAAGAGCGGAACACACAAACACUUUCUGUUUUUGUAAAUGAUCUACCAUGUUGCCUAUAAUGAUUGUGAAUUGUGCCGCAGACUCUCCAGUUAAUGCAUCUCCUUAUUUCAAUUUGCUGGCCCAUGAAUUUUGCAUGCAUCCUCUUACGUAAAUUCUGCUGACGAUGGCUGACUGGCCCGAAACGUCAAGAAUUUCUCGACAUCGCUAAUAAAAGAAUUUUUAAUCCAGCGCAUGCGCCAAGAGUGAACAGCAACUGAAUUCUGAAGAGAGCUGUUGUCAGUUAACAACCCCCCCCCCCCCCCCCCCCCCCCAUACACACCCACACUUUUAUUUACAAUGCAGUUGCAUGAUGUCCAGCGCUUUCUGAAUAUCCUCUUUAAUACGUACUGGAAAUAUUGUCAAGCCUUUUGUCAUGAUUGCAGCCAAGGAGCCCGUAUGCUCCUUAGUGCUCCAUGGAUGACGCACAUUGCAUUAAUUUUUUUUAGAAUGCAGUGUAAUUAUGAUACUGA